AUGUCUCCGUCACAGCCAUUGCCGCCGAAAGAGAACGCGUUGUUUAAGAAGAUCCUGAAAUGCUAUGAACACAAGCAGUACAAGAAUGGGCUCAAGUUCGCGAAGCAGAUCCUGACGAACGCCAAGCAUACAGAACACGGCGAGACUCUGGCGAUGAAAGGCCUGACACUCAACUGCUUGGGCCGUAAGGACGAGGCGUAUGAGUACGUGCGUCGAGGGCUGCGCAACGACCUGCAGUCGCACGUGUGUUGGCACGUCUACGGCCUGUUGCAGCGCUCGGACCACAAGUACGACGAGGCCAUCAAGUGUUACCGCAAUGCUCUCAAGUGGGACAAAGACAACAUUCAGAUACUCCGCGACCUGAGUCUACUGCAGGUCCAGAUGCGAGACCUGGAGGGCUAUCGGGACACCCGAUACCAGUUGUUCGCGUUGAGGCCGACGCAGAGGGCGUCGUGGAUAGGGUUCGCGAUGGCCUACCAUUUACUUAAGGAUUACGAGACGGCGGCCAAAAUACUGGAAGAGUUCCGCAAAACGAGUCAAUCACAGCAACAGAAAGCGAUGCACAACCAGAACAGCGCCGCCAACGGCGCCGCCGGUCAGCGGAUGGCCAGCGAGAAGUACGAGGACUCAGAGCUGUUGCUCUAUCAGGUGAUGAUCUUGAAGGAGGCCAAGAGCUAUACGGAAGCGCUGACCUAUUUGGAGAGAAACGAGUCGGAAAUAUGUGAUAAACUAGCGAUUAGUGAAUACAAAAGUGAACUAAUGGUGAGCUGCGGGAAACUGAAAGAGGCCAAGAAAGUGAUCAACGAUCAGCUCAUUGGCCGCAAUCCCGAGAACUCCAACUAUUACUCGCUUCUGGAGCGGGCGCUCGGCCUGAGUGCCGACCACGAGAACGAGAGGCUCAAACUCUACCUCGAGUUUCAGCGCAAGUAUCCCAGGAGUCAACUGCCGUUCCGAUUGCCGCUGGGCUUCGUGUCGAACACCGAUCUCUUCAAAGAGAUGGUCGAUAUGUAUCUGCGAAAGUCGCUCCGCAAAGGACAGCCCGCGCUCUUCAAAGACAUGAAGAACCUCUACAACAACGAACUCAAACACAUGAGACAUAACAAGCGCUUCAUCGAAGGCCAGAAGCCGGUGAUGACCGACAAGAUGCGCAUCGUUGAGACACUGCUCUUGAGUUACAUCAAAAACCUGAGUAAUUACGACAGUUUCGACUCGACUGAGAGCUCGUGGGGCACAGAAGCCACCACUUGCCUGCUGUGGGUCUACUAUUAUUUGGCCCAACACUACGACUACCUGCAGAACUACGAUCGGGCGCUCGAGUUCGUGAACACAGCCCUCGAACACACGCCCACUCUUAUCGAGUUGUAUGUGGUGAAGGCCAAGAUAUGCCGCCACAUGGGAAACAUGGAUGAGGCCGUCCAAUACGCCGAUGAGGCCCAGAGUCUGGACACCGCCGACCGCUACCUGAACUCGAAGUGCGCCAAAUACUUGUUGCGCGCGAACCUCAUCACCGAAGCGGAGGAGAUGUGCGCCAAAUUCACGCGCGAAGGCGUGUCGGCCACCGAAAACCUGAACGAAAUGCAGUGCAUGUGGUUUCAGACGGAGUGCGCGAUCGCCCACCAGAGGCAGGAGAAGUUCGGCGAAGCCAUCAAGAAGUGCAUCGAAAUCGAGCGCCACUUCGCAGAGAUCAACGAAGACCAGUUCGACUUCCAUACCUACUGUAUGCGCAAAAUGACACUUCGCUCUUACCUCGAACUCCUGCGUCUCGAAGACGUGCUCAAAGGCCACGAGUUCUACUUCCGCGCCGCCCGUAUAGCCAUCGAAGUCUACCUCCGACUCCACGACAAACCGCUCGGCGAUCGCGAAGAGUCCGAAGACAAGAACACCGCCAAUAUGUCGGCGUCGGAGCUGAAGAAGUUGCGUAACAAACAGCGCAAAGCGAAACUGCGGGCCACAGCCGAGGCGAAGGCCACCGCCGACAACGACAAGCAGUCGCGCGAGAACGACAAGAACAACGCCGAGAGCGGCGGUGAACUGCAUCAGGAAAAGUUGGACGCAUCCAAACUCGAGCGACCGGAACACCCGCUCGAAGAGGCCAUCAAAUUCCUGACACCUCUGCAGAUGUUCGCCGCCCAACGUCUGGACACUCAUCUGUUGGCGUUCGACAUCUAUCACCGCAAGAACAAAGUGAUGCUUAUGUUGCAGUCGCUGAAGCGAGCGCUGCGAUUGGCCGACCCGACGACGCACCCGACACUCGGCCGACAGUUGCGACACUUUCGUCAGUUCGUCGACUCCGAGAAAGAGCAGUUGAAUGAGUCGUUGAUCAAAGUGUUGGACAGAGAGUGGCCUAAAAUGGCGCCCAAAGUGUCCGUAGAUUUAAACGACUCCUCUAUUAACUGA